CUUACUGCUGCGCUCGACGCUCACCUGUUUUCUCUUCCUUUCUCUUCCCACUAGGCUGCUUGGCGAUCAGAAAAGGUGUACAAGGUUCAAGGAGAUUGCAAGAUACGUGGUUGCUGCGUGAGGCUCCAUCGCAGCGAGUUCUCGUCCCCGCAUUUCGUCACAGGCUGCCGCCACAUCCUCAGGAUAGGCCUUGCCUCGCCUAGGUUCGAGAUCGCAUAGGCAGUACCCCACCAUCAUAGAGACGCACACAAUGGAUCCGCGUAGAAUGGCGCGCUUCCACGUACAAAGCUCCGAUGUUCUCGCCGACAUGCGUGUCAACGUGUCAGAGGAGGGAUCAGACAGAGUACUAUGGUUCAAGGAAAGAUUCCUCGCAGAUGACGAGAUCAUCGAGCACCUUGUCAACAAUGCAACGUCCACGAUUCAGUGGUCAAUACAUCGCCCAAAACGCGGCUGGUAUAUCCGCAUGCGGACGCCCUCGUUCCCGCCUGGCAUGUUCAUAUCCCUCCAACCUCUGCCACAAGGUUCGCCUUACUAUGCUGACGCAGCGCUGAUGUUUGCCUGCCGGACGAACCCACCCUCCUACUCCCUCAGCACCUCUCAAAUGCAGCCGUGUGCGCUCACCCGCUCCUCACUCGAGUCUGACAUCACCGUUACGAGCGCGCGAGAUGCCAUUCACUCAUACCCCCCAAUGUCGCCACCACAGACUCCAACUGUCGUGAUACGCCCGCCAUCGCCCGAGUCAGUACAGGAAUAUGUAGAGGAGGCUGCGCCCACUGCAUCGUCCUCAACGCCCGGCAUCAGCUCCCGUCCCCCUCCUACACCUUUGACGCCCAUCACCCACUUCCUCCUAACCCCUCACUCUGCAGCACACAUCCCCAAACCAACCGAGAAGGUAUCGAUCUUCACGCGCGUGGUGUCUGCUCUGAAGAACAACGUCCCUUCACAUUCGUACUCAUUUACGCUCUCGCCAGUCCCGGGGCCAUCUGCGCCGGCGAUUCCGCCUCUGCCCAACUACGGGCAUCAUAGCCACCAUGAACAUGGGCCACCCACGCCGAUACCUUUGCUUACUUUCCACGAUCGCACACCCGUCUUUACGGUUCGUAAUAAUACGGGCGUUAUUGAGCUGGACACGGAUCAGGUGCGCUCGCUGGGCGUGGAAGCAAGCUUCUACGUUGCUGUCGCUCUGACGUACCUAGAGUUUCUAUCAGAAAGAGACAGCUUUUUGGCUGCUUUGGGCGACUAGGCAGGUUUGUAGAGGAGAGAUCAAACUAUUCUUGGCUAAUAUAUACUUGGGUAUUCAUAUCGGUGUACAUGCUAUUCUGAUUCAUGCUGCUCUCUGCGCUGUGCGUGGAUAUGAGCCGAUAUUGAUCGUCUCAAGUA